GACCCCUAGUUUGGGAAGAUCCCACAUGCUGCAAAACAACUAAACCUGUGCACCACAGCUAUUAACCCUGUGCUGUAGAGACCGGGAACCGCAACUCCUGAGUCCUGGCACCACUACUCCUGAAGCCCACACGCCGCAGAGUCACGCUUAGCAGCAAGGGAAGGCACUGAAAUGAGAAGUCCUUGCACCCCAGCCCGCGAGUAGCCCUGGCGCGUUGCAACUAGAGAAAAGUAGGAGCAGAAACAAAGACCCAGCCUAGUCAACAAAUAAACAAGUAAAAUUAUACUAAUAUAAAGUACUUGCCUUAUAAUUAUUCCUUAAAAUUUGUACAUUAUAUACAAAUUUUUUAUGUAAAUAGUGAAAAGGUGAAAUAACUAGAAUCAUACACAGUAGGUAGCUUUUUGGGCCAAGGAUAACACAUUUAAGAUUUACUCUUUUUGCUCCAUAUGUUGGUAGCUGCUGCUUCUUGUGUCUUAGAAGUUUCCCAUUAAACGGAUGUGCCAGUUUGUUAUUUCAUUUGCCUUUUGGAGGAUAUUUGAGUUUCAAGACUUUGGAAUCACUGCAAACACACAUCUAAGUUUUUGUGUGACCACAAAUUUUCAUUUUUCUUGGGAAAAUACCUGGGAGUAAGAUUGCUGGGUCAUUGACUUUAUAAAGUAUGUUUAACUUUAUAAGAAGUUGCUCAGUUUUUUCCCAAACUGAUUGUAUCAAUGUGCAUCCCCACUGUUGCCCUUAAAAAUAAAAGGUAGUUACUUGGCUAGUAAAAAAUUUGUUAAUUUGGAAAUAACAGAGAAUUACAAUUUGGGACAAGCAAGACAUAACAAAAACCAUAGGCAAACCCAACAAGCCAAGAAGAGGAAAGUUAUUUAAUGGAGAAAAAGGAGGAAGGUGGGAGGAGUUGUUUUGAACAAAAGUCCAUUGGCAAAAAGUGACAGUUUAGGGUGAUGGUGGUUUCUCACUGGCUGAAUUCUUGGGGUAGUCAGUUUCUUGGAGGGGAUGCAAUGUACAUCUUUUUUUGUUGGGACCUGUGACUGAUGAUUCUUUCCUGUUAAUGAUUCUUCUGUUUUGAUUUGUGAUUGACAAUCCUUCCUAAAACUGAUGUGGAGUGGUACUGCUGAGAGCUCCCCUUCUGUCCUCCAGAUCUGUUAUGAGGUUCCCCUUUAUGAAUUUUCACACUACUGGCAAUGUGUAAAGCAUCCAGUUGUUCCACAUCCUCACUAGCAUUUGGCAUUGUCACUUUGGGAGGGGGUGCAGAAGAGGGCAGUGAUUUUGCUGUUUUCAUUGUAACUGGUUUUUUAAAGUAUUUAUUUAUUUCACUGCACUGGAUCUUAGUUGCAGCCCAUGGGAUCUUCUCUGUGUCAUUCAGGAUCUCUCCUUGAGGUGCAUGGACUCUCUAGUUGUUGCUCUUGGGCUCAGUACUUGCAGUUGUGGUGUGGGGGCUUACUUGCUCCUCGGCAUGUGUGAUCAUAGUUCCCCGACCCAUGAUGGAACCCUGUCCCCUGAAUGCAAGGCAGAUUCCUCGUCACUGGACCACCAGCCCGGGCCCUUUCCUGGGAUUGUGGACAUUUUGGGAGCUGGAGGAGGCCUUCUGGAAUAUCGAGCUAGUCUGCUGGCUGGGAAGGGUUUUGCUGUGAUGGCGCUGGCUUAUUACAACUACGAGGACCUCCCCAAGAGCCUGGAGAACCUCCACCUGGAGUACUUUGAAGAAGCUGUGAACUACCUGCUUAAUCACCCUCAGGUGAAGGGUCCAGGAGUUGGGCUGCUUGGGAUUUCAAAAGGAGGCGAGCUCUGCCUCUCUAUGGCUUCCUUCCUGAAGGGCAUCACUGCGGCCGUCAUAAUCAACGGUUCUGUGGUCAGUGUCUGGGGAACCUUACACUACAAAGAUGAGAUUCUGCCGCCUGUGGGUUUCAACCAAAAUCGAAUCAAGAUGACUAAAGAUGGCUUUGCAGACAUUGUGGAAGUCCUGAACAGCCCUUUGGAAGGAGCUGACCAGAAGAGCUUCAUUCCUGUGGAAAGGGCUGAGUGCCCCUUCCUGUUUCUUGUGGGUCAGGAUGACCACAACUGGAAGAGUGAAUUCUAUGCUAAUGAGGCCUCUAAACGCUUGCAGGCCCAUGGGAAGGCAAAACCCCAGGUCAUCUGUUACCCAGGGACGGGGCACUACAUUGAACCUCCUUACUUCCCCCUGUGCCCGGCUUCCCUGCACACCUUAGUGGGCACUCCAGUCAUCUGGGGAGGGGAGCCCAGGGCUCAUGCCAGGGCCCAGAUAGAUGCUUGGCAGCAGCUCCAGACUUUCUUCCAUAAACACCUGGGUGGGGAAAAGGGGACAAUUCUGGCCAAGCUGUGAUCAAGGGAAGGAUAGAACAGCUAGGAACACCUGCCACAGUUAGUAUAUACCGGUGUAGGUUUCUUCUGUUCAAUAAUUACUUAGAGUUUUUCCUCUUUAGUGUUAAAGUGAACUUACCAAGAAGCUUUUUAGAUUUUUAUAAAUUACAUACUUUUUCCGUUGUUUGAGCGGAGAGUGAUUCUACAGAAAAUGAAACAAAUGGCCAAAAAAACAUAACUGACAAGGCUUUAACUCUGAAAGGAAACGGUGAAAUACACAGUUAACAGUAUCUAGUACACAAUUAGUGCUCCAUAAUUAUUUGAAUUAUUUAGUAUUAUAAUUUAUUUUGUUUUUAAUUAAUAAAUAAAUGAUUACCUAUUGUGGGAAAAAAGAAUACAAAAUAUCAAAAAUAUUAUCAGAUUUGAGUUUCUAAUUUAAGAAUGGAAGUGAACACCAUAGCUGUAAAUUAGUAUACUAGUUAGAUAACUACUUAGAUGAAAACUACUAAAAAUUUUCAAAGCAAAUAUGUUUUUAGGUCUUCAAUCUUCUUGAAUGAGGAAGGAGUCUCCUAGUGCCAAUGUAUUUUAAUUACUUUUUUCAUUUUCACAUAUGGAGUUUGUGAUUUAGUUGUUUUGAAAGCUGGUAUAACAUCAUUUAGAUGAAUUUCUUAAGUGACUUUAAUAUUGAUUAGCAUGCAAAUGAAUGAUUUAGUUUUGUAUUACUUGAAAUAAAUACACAUUAAACUAAACUCUUCUAAAGAUGAAUAUGUUUAAAAUAAAAGAUACUUUAAUUUAUGA